AUGUCAACGAAGCAUUUGAGAAAGCUUCUUGAAGAGAAAGAGGCGCAAAAGGCGAAAGAGAAAGAAGCGAGCUCGAGUGACGAGGAACCUGUCCCGCCGGUUCGCCAAAAUCGCUUUCAAUUCUUGGAUGAAUCUGAUGAGGGCGGACAAAAGAGUGAUGAAAAUGAGACUGCUGCAGCGACCUCGGCUCCCGUAACAAAAUCUGCGAAAAAACGGAACAAGAAGAAGAAGCAAAAAGCGAAGGCAAAGUUAUCGGAUGGAGAGGAGGAAGAUGAAGACCAGCUUCUCGAGAGGCUUGCUUCAGAGGCUAAACUCUUGGAGAACGAGGAGGGUGAGGACGAGCCGGUUCUGCUCAAUGAGCUUUUCAAGCCCGACCCGAAGCUGUUCGAUGCUGCCGAGGAGUUGAGGAAGGCGCUCGGAAAGGUGCUGAAGGAGGGCUCGACUCCUCGUGACGGCGGUCGCUCGACGCACAAAGCUGGCUGGGGCAGGAUUGUAAAAGCCAAAAUGAAUUGGCCACCGCCUCGUUCUAUUGGUCUUUCGAUGGAGGUGGACACAGAAGCCGAUCAAAUUCCUGACGUCAAAUACUUCAAAUUUACUCAUAAUCAAAACUACGAAAAGACGGAACGUCUUUGUUGGAUUGCUGAGAGCACAAUGAAUCCGGAACUCGUCAAUGAGAUCUUAGCAGCCACCUCCUAUCACCUCAACAGCCUUCUUAUAAUGGCUAACGUCUUCCGAAUGCAAGAGGAUUGGACCCAGAGUAACGAUUGUAUAGAGCGCGGCAUCUUCUUUUGCGAGCAAUCCUUCCAUCCUGUUUUCGAGGUCUUUACUUGGGGCCAUCGGUUGAGCUACGAUGUGUAUGAGAACCGCGCCUUCUUCCUUUUGCUUCAUCGGCAUAUGCUCAAUUGCGUGCAAAAGCGUUGCUUCAAGACGGCGUUCAACGUUGGCAAGCUGCUUUAUCGUCUUGAGCCACAAGACCCACUCUGCAUGCUGUCUCUCAUCGACACACUGGCCCUCCGUGCCAAGCAGUAUGAUUGGGUGAAGCGGAUGUACGCUCCGCUCAAAGUGACAAAGAAGUUGAAUCUCCUCCCGAACUACGUGUAUUCCAUUGCACUCGCGGCGUUUAUGCUGAAUGAGGCCGCAGAAGAAACGGAUUUCUUGCUUCAAAGCGCAAUCAUCGCUCACCCGGGCGUCGUCACCGAGAUUUGGAACGUCCUCGGUAUCCAUGCCGGCUCCGAAAUGGAGGGAAAUUACUAUUUCCGCAGUACGACGUUUGAAAAAGAGCCGGAAGGUGUCCGACUGUUGUACAAGAUCUACGUGAAUCAAACUUCCGAGUUGUGGAAGGCGCCAAAUGUGCUCGCCUGGCUGGAGAGAGUGACUGCGGAUACGGUGCGUCGUCAACCUCUUGCGCGUCAGAUGGAAGAGUGGAGGCUUCGGAGGCAUCGCGUAUUCCUCGGCGUGCCGGCACCCGUUCGCAGGGUUGCUUUCCUGAUUGGCAUCGACCACACGAUCAGUUCGCUCACCGAUCCUGCACCUCCGGAAAAUAACCGGCAAAGGUACACCCGCGAAGAGGCAAACAACCCACACGCCGAGCAGAGCCUGCUCGCCGCCUUUUUCCACUCGAUGCUGCCCGACUAUCAGCCGGGCGACUCGUUGGGCGAUGCGUUGCGCCGUGUCUUUGGCGGUAUUCUGAUCGGCGACGAAGGAGCAGCCCCGGCAGCCGACCAAGACGAGCAGCCACCACCAGAUGCAGCUCCUCAG